CUUUUAUACAGUAGCACAAAUUCUAUUUUUUUAUUCCAUCCAGACCUGAUCAUCGCAAAAACUUAAUUUUGAAAUGUUUCUUAAGAAAUUCAAGGCAAAGAUAGUCCCUUCGAGCUCUUCCUGGUGGCUGAUGGCACGCACCGCCUUCAAGGUCGCCGUUGUGGGUGCUGGCGGCGGAAUAGGGCAGCCACUGUCACUACUCCUGCGCCAGAUUGAGGGGAUCGACGAGCUUGCUCUGCACGAUCUGCGUGGCACGAAGGGUGUCGCCGCCGAUACUGGACAUAUCUCCGAGCAGGGAACAGUAAGCGGCUACGUGGGCAACGAGCAGCUCGUGCCGGCAUUGCAGGGGGCCAAUUUAGUGGUGGUAACCGCCGGAAUGCCACGCGUGCCGGGCAUGACGCGUGACAGUCUGAUGCAAGCUAACGGUGGCAUAGCCAUCACUGUGACCAGAGCUAUGGCCUGCGCCUGUCCCGAGGCCCUGAUUGCUAUCACCACGAACCCCAUUAACAUUAUUGUCCCGACUGCCGCUGAGGUUCUCAAGGAAGCCGGGGUCUUCAAUCCGCGCCGCCUUUUCGGGGUAACCACAUUGGAUGUGGUGCGUUCCAGGAAGUUCAUUGGUGACCACAUGAACAUCGAUCCGGAGAAGGUGAAUAUCCCGGUGAUCGGAGGCCACACGGGACCCACCAUCCUACCGCUCUUCUCCCAGUGCCAGCCUGAGUUCAGGGGCGACACCGAAGACAUCGAAAGACUGACGCAUCGCAUCAAGGAAGCCGGUACUGAAGUGGUUAUGGCCAAGGGUGGUGCUGGUUCCGCCACUCUUUCCAUGGCCUAUGCCACUUCCUCUUUCGUGAAAUCCCUGAUUCGGGCUCACAACGGACAGGAGGGAAUUAUUGAAUGCUCUUUUGUGGCAUCAUGUAUGGAAAAUGUCCCCUUCUUCGCCGGCCCCCUGGAACUGGGAAAGGAGGGCAUCAAACGCUAUCUAGAACUCCCCGAUCUAAACGAAUUCGAACAGAAGUCCCUGGAUAAACUGCUGCCCAUCCUGAAGAAAAAUAUCGAGGCCGGCAUCAACUUUGCCAAAACGUUUGAGAAAAAAUAAACCCAAUAUACUUAAUAUUUAAAGUACUAUA